CGUGCCUCGACGAUGGUCGUUACCGUCGCGACGCAUUCUCGCUCUUUCCCCGUGGUUCGCUGCGCGUGUACACGCAAGGGCCUUCGACGUGUGUGUACGAGCGGAGGGUCAAUCGAUAAUUCACACAGCCACAUAACGGGGGGCAGAGAAAGACGGAGCGAGUCGGGUCUUCGGCUGGCUGCUGGCGCGGCCUAGCCUGCUGGUGCCGCUGCUGGACGAUCGAUAAACACGACGCUCGUGCAUAGCGGGCAGAUACGGCGUGUAGUGGCGGUGCCGCAGACUAGUCGCAGACCGAGUAGAGUAGUCGCGGAGGCAAGGCAGGCAGGCAGCAGCGAGGGGCGCCGCUGAGUGCGCGCGACGACGACGACGAGCCAUGACGGCGGCCUUCGUCAUCGACAACCUCGACUCGGUGGUCGAGGUCGAGGAGCAGGCCCGUCCGAUUCGACAGCAGCAGGCUGGACGCUGCUGGCGCUCGAGGUGAUGUAAGAUCGCGGAGAUCGGAGAGGUCGUCGAGCGAAAAACCCCGAGGGAGGACGUGGAGGGAAGGAUCCACGGCUUGCUGAGUGGGAGCCGUGGUGGAGGAAGAGAGCAGCUGCGCGAUUAGCGGGCGGGCGGCAGACUGAAGAAGCUACGCUUGGAGACCGGCCCGAAGCUGUCUCAGACGGAGGCGGACUCGGCGGAACCUCCUCCGCCCGUCAAAGAGGAGGAUCACGCCGAGGACCAGGUGACGGUGACGGAGGCGCAGCUCGUCGGCGUGACGGUCGCUGGCGCCGACGGCGACGACGUCGACGACGAAGCUGGAGUGACGGUCGCCGUCUACGAGGACACUAUGACCUCGUUAAACGCCGAGUCGGAUCGCACCGAUCGCAUGAGCGACGACGACGACGACGAGCCGUCGAGCGGCUCGGAGACCUACGAGGAUGGCGACCUGCUCGCCUCCGCGAUGGACGACGACGUCACGGCCCAGCUCGCCGCUGCAGGACCUGUUGGCGUUGCUGCGGCCGCUGCCAUCGUUUCGGCGAAAAAACGAAAACGACCGCACAGUUUCGAAACUAAUCCCAGUAUUCGUAAGCGACAACAAAACAGGCUCCUGAGAAAGUUAAGGCAAACGAUAGAUGAAUUUGCGACGCGAGUAGGUCAGCAGGCUGUGGUAUUGGUGGCAACGCCGGGAAAACCGAACAGCAGCUACAAGGUGUUCGGUGCAAAGCCACUGGAGGAUGUGGUGAAGAAUCUCAAGUCGGCGAUAAUGGAGGACCUCGAGAAUGCACUGGCACAGCAAGCGCCGCCACCGGUGCAAGACGAUCCGUCGCUGUACGAAUUACCGCCCCUUGUGAUCGACGGCAUUCCUACGCCGGUGGAGAAAAUGACACAAGCGCAAUUGCGCGCUUUCAUACCUCUUAUGCUCAAGUACUCGACCGGGAGGGGUAAACCUGGCUGGGGUAGAGAAAGUACGAGGCCGCCGUGGUGGCCCAAAGAAUUACCCUGGGCUAACGUCAGAAUGGAUGCUAGAUCCGAGGAUGAAAAACAGAAGAUCUCGUGGACGCACGCUCUGCGGCAGAUAGUCAUCAACUGUUACAAGUUCCAUGGACGAGAAGAUUUAUUGCCGGCAUUCAGCGAGGAGGACGACAAAUCGAAUAUAAUCGUGCAUCAGCCGUCGGCGUCGUCGCAGCAGUCGACUGCGAGUCAAGGGAGCCAGUCUCAACAGACGGUGGGGGUCCAGAUAUCCCAAUAUCCGACCGUGUUGCAAACAAUAACGAAUCCGGACGGAACAGUUUCCCUGAUUCAAGUGGAUCCAAGUAAUCCAAUCAUCACGUUACCAGACGGCACCACUGCACAGGUACAAGGCGUUGCUACCAUCCACACGAGUCAAGGAGAAGUGCAAACAUUAGCUGAAGUGAGUGGCGCUGACGGCAGUGUAUCGGUGGAUUUGAACAGUGUAACUGAAGCAACCCUUGGCCAAGAUGGUCAAAUCAUUCUCACCGGCGAAGACGGACAUGGAUACCCGGUGUCGGUGUCGGGGGUGAUAACAGUGCCAGUGCCGGCGAGCAUGUACCAGACGAUGGUGGCGAAUAUCCAAAAUGAUGGCACAAUGCAGGUGGUGACGCCGACAAUGGUGCAGGUGCCGAAAGUGGAGCCAGGCAACGGCGAAACCAGCAUCGAAGCUGUCACCAUUCAAGGACAUCCAACCAUGACAAUGAUCAACGCUGCUGGAGAGCAUCAAGUGCUUCAAGUCAUAUCGCUCAAAGACGCCAAUGUCCUUACCAAGGCCAUGCAGGCUGAGAUUGUCAAAGACGAAGAUGCCGAACAACAGACACAGACGCAGCAAACCGUCGAAUCUAGUUCCGAGUAAACUAUCAGGCAGACUGUCGUAGUUUUACGCUCGAAAACCAUUCCAAACUUAACGUUGUUGUUGUUCUCCAAGUGCAUUUUCCAAUUUUUACGUAGACAAAUUUUUAGGAUAACCAUAUCGGCGAGUAAAUGCAUUUACUCAUAGAGGUAUGCAUUUAAAAAACAAAAUUUAGCAAUCUUCGUGCUUCAAAAGCGUCAAUAAUCAAGGACUUUCUUCUCUUGAAUCGAUCGAUUUUGAAACGCAGUAGACAAUGGUGGCUAUGAUUAUUUGUUUAUUAACAAUGUAAGAUUUAGUUGUUUUCUAUGAUUCUAGUACAUUGAUGUUUUUCAACAUUAGGGUAAUUUAAAGAGUUGAUACUUUUUUCAAAGUCAACUUGCAUUUUAAAUGGUACUGUUGAGUGUACUUUAAGCCAAAGUAAGCAUACUUGAAAAAAUGACUUGAAAUCUGCACUUUCCAAAUAAUGUACAUAGAUAUGAUCUUUAUCUUGUAAUGCAGGUGUUUAUAUUGCGAAUUUGCAAGAAGAAAAACACAGAACUGAUCAGUUUUUUCAAACUGAAGCCGAAUACUUUUGUUUCCUUCGAUUUUGAAUAAAUCUUGAUACUAAGAAUGAUCAUAAAAUAUUUCAUCAUUUUAAUAAAGUAAGAUUAUCUAAUCAAGGGAAUCGUUAGUAAAUAACUAGAUUUGAUUUUUUAUAAGUUACAUGAACUAUUUAACUUCCACUGGAAUUACAUUAAAUUUAAUGUAAUACAAAGGAUAGAGGUAUUGUAAGAAAAGAAAAAUUUUCAACAUAGUAUUGUGCAAACUAAUCUUUUAACUUUUUCAUCUGAAAACUUUAAAGAAGAACAACUCUUCCAUGGAGAUGUAAUAUUAUAAAUUAAUGUAGAGUGUGAUAGAAGAAACGUGAAUCCAAAAAAAUUUUUUACAAAUAUAAGUAAGUUAAUAAAAAAUUGUAGUUAACAAAAUGUACUCGUAAAAAGAUAUUUUUGUUUGAUGGAAAGUAUCAACAAUUGUAUAUUUCAAAUUUCCAUUCCAUUGAUAGAAAUCUGAAGUAUUUAGGAAAGUACAAAUUUGACAUUUAAGGAAUCAAAAUUGAAAUAGAUACACGUUAUUUGUAAGUUGUGAUUUAAUAUAAUGUUUUAAAUAUUUCUUUCAUUGGAGUUUAUUUGAUAUGAGGAAUCAGCAGUUCUAUUAAUUUUAAUUUAAAAUCAUUAAAAUUAAUUUUCCUAUUCGUCCAUCAAUAGUUGUUGUAAAUAAAGUGCAACAACAUAAACUGUGCAAUUUUUACAAAUAGUUUAUCAUUUAGAUUUCUUAGUACCACAUAAUUAAUUAAAAUUUAGAUAUAAUUCAAUUCAAAUAAUGUUGAUAUCUGGACUUGAAAGUUACUUUAUCAUUGAUAAGUUUGUACAAUUUAUUGGAAAAAUCCUUAAACUAUUCUUAAAUUUCUUGUUGGCAUAACAAUUUUCAAAUUAAUAGUUCUUUCUACUUAUUAAUAAGCUCAAAAAGUUGUAAAUGACACAUUUGUAUUUAAACAGAACAUUCAGAGCUGCACUAAAAAAAUAAAUGUAUAAUAAUUUAUUGCUGUGUACUAUGUAAUGUAACUUGUAAAUAUGUCGUCUAUAUAUAUACAUAUGUGUCACACUAAGCUUUGGUUAUUUUUGGUGUAAAAAAAGAUUUUUCUAGUUGUUCUGAAUGAAAGCAAAAAAAAGAGCAAACUUAAAAGAAA